AAGCCAUCACCAAAUGGUGUAGAGUUGGGUGAACCAACCACAACGGUCACUCGCUCACUAGUGAAAGUUGAUACGGGCCCAUAAGUUUUGACAGAGACCAAAAUUCCAAACAUCCAUAAUGCAUUAGUUUAUGGCAGAAAUUUACUUUUAUUUUAUUGUUCCUAUCAUUGAUCAGAAGGCAAAAUCAUCAUCUUCUGGUUCUGAUAUGGCUCUAAUAAAAGAUCUUUUAGAGCCCUCAGCGCAUCAGUUUGCCGGUGAGUCAAAAUACCUAACGUCACUUCUUGUUUCUCGAAACCGAGAACCAUCGGAACCACUUUCUCGGUCUGAUUCAUCUCAAUCACCAAUCCCCGGUUUCGAGCCUAGGGACAAGAUAUACUCUGGAUUGAAACUACCAACUUUCCGCGAGGAACAUGUUCUUGUUCAGUUUUGGACGACUGAUCACAUAUCCAGGAAAUGCCAGACCAUGCUCACAACCAUGAAUCAACCAUUCGGUCUUGGUGUAGCUGAUGAGAGACUUUGUCAGUAUAGGAAGUACUCAGAGCGCAACCCUUUUACUAUCAGUAAGGACCGUGAAGAACAGGACCCUAGUCCUAUUGCUCGAGUAUUUAGACGAGGAGAGCCAGAGUGGACUCCUGAUGUAACUAAUUACAACCCCAAAGAUUUUCCAUCACUAGAUUGUGCUAUUCGUUGCAAUCUCCAUGGUUAUUUGGCUUUGCCCGUAUUUGAGUCUACUACUGGGUUAUGUAUUGGAGUUCUUGAACUGUUGUUGUCUUCUAGGUAUACGAGUUUUGCUUAUGAGGUUCGACAAAUUCACAUGGCGUUGAAGACGGUUGAUUUGACAACCACACAAGCACUUGAUCGUCCUACUACAAAAGUUCAGAAAAAACAUUGGAGAAAUGAUUUAGAAAAAAUUUUGAGUAUUCUGAAGGUUAUGUGUGCUAUUCACAAAUUACCGCUUGCACAAACAUGGACCGUGUCUCCAUUUAGUAGUAUGGCUUGCCAAAAACAAAUUUUGAAGAAGAUCUGUAACAGUUUCGACACUACAUGCCUUGGAAGAAAAGUAUGCAUGUCAACAUCUGCUCUACCAUUUCAUGUCCAGGAUUUGGGCAUGUGGCCUUUCUGGAAGGCAUGUAGAGAACAACACCUAAACCAGUACGGCUUAAUUGGCAGGACUUUGUUAUCACGUGGCUCAUGCUUUUGUCUAGAUGUAACCAAACUCAGUGAAGAAGAGUACCCUUUGGUCCGCAACGCAAGCAUGAGUAAGUUGACUAGCUGCUUUGCAAUCUUCCUGCACGUUGUCGAAAGCAACAGUGACUAUGUGUUGGAGUUUUUUCUACCAUCGAACAUAAAAGAUGGAAAAUAUGUACUGAACUUGAUGCAAACGUUGAAGCAGAACAGCGAUGUAGCUUCUGGUUUUGAAUGGGGUGACGAAUUAAGUAUAGAAGUUGGAGCAUCUGCAGAAGUCAGUAGUGUAUCUCUAAGUAAAGACCUUCAAAGUAUCCAAUUAUCACCAAUGGCAACCACAAAGGCCAAGAUAUUUGAGAUGCUUUCAUCUGAUUCGGAAUCAAAUUUGGAAAAUGUCACAAAAACUGUCUCCACAAAUGUCAUGAACCAAUUCUCACUCAGACAAAAGGGCCCAGGUAACUGCGGCAGUAUGAAGAUGAGUGAUACCAUUACUGAUGGCGAAACAAAUGCCAACCGUUUGAAACAAAUCAGAAAGCGUAAAACAGAAUCUCUUACAUUGGUGGCAGUUCAGAAACAUAAUGAAAUACCAAUUGGUGAAGCUUCUACGAGCCUUAAUGAUAAGUCAGUUAGUCAGUCUACAUCAAAGCGUUUUUGCAGAGAGGAUGAUAUCACCCAUGGGCCAUUUCCAAAGCUACGCAACAAAAGUUCUGCUGAUGUGCCUGACAUACAACGCUCUUCAAACAUACGUUUUAGUAUAUCUGUUGUUGUGUUAUUGCUGGUAAGGGUUAAGAGGUGGAGUUGUGCAAGGAAAUGCCAUGGUUUUUCUGGCAAGUGGUGGAGAUGUGGCAAGCAUCGCUGUAUUCCUUGUAUAUCAGAUUUCAUAUACCACGCAGCAUGCCUAAUGGUGCGGUUGAAACGGUGGAGGAAUAAGAAUUUGAUCAGGCAUGCAAUGAACAAAAGAAAUCACCCUGAUGUGCAUCAGAGCACAGAAAAACCCAGAGUUGAAGUAAACAUGAUCAAUCCGUACAUACAUGUUGAUAGGCCGCUUUCUGAGUCUACGCUUGCUCAUGCAUCCCUAAAGCACACGCUGGCCAAUGUCUCAGAUACAAGGAUGGUGACAGUGAAGGCAACUUUUAACAAGGAUAUGAUAAAGUUCCCAUUCCGGACUUCAUUGGGCCUCUUAGAACUAAAAAACAACGUAGCACAAAGGAUUAAGUUAAACAGUAAAAAGCUUCGGCUAAAAUACAAAGAUGAAGACGAUGACAUGAUACUCAUUGCUUGUGAUACCGACUUACAUCAUCUCUUAGGAUUUUUGGGUGCUAACAGUACUAUCAAAAUAUUCAUCCUAGUGACGGAUGAUUAAUCAUUAAUAUCUAAAUAUAAAUAUAAUAUAUAAAAAUAUAUAUUAAUGUAUGCUGCUUGUAUUUCUGCAAUUGGUGCUUGUUCUAAUCAAAUUAAUAAUUAAGUAAACUUCUCACUUCAAAA